AGAGCGGUGUGGCGUUUCCUUCAGCCCUCACAGUCACAACAAGAGGAGGAAGAGGAAAACGACAGCUCAGGGAUCUGGAUCGUCGUCGACUGCCUUGCGUGAGAAGACGGGGAUCGUGUUCAGGCUUUGGGUUGCUCCUGUUUGACCUGCAACAUGUCUGAAUUACUGAGAUACAUCGACUACGACCACAAAGCCACCUUCCUGAAGAUGCUCAACCAGCAGAGGAUGGAGGGUGAGCACUGUGACGUGGUGGUGGUGGUGGAAAACAUAGAGUUCAGAGCUCACCGCUGCGUGCUGGCGGCCUGCAGCAACUACUUUAAAAAGCUCUUCAAGAAGCAGAGCGACGACGACAACUCCAUCGUAGAGCUCGACUUCAUCCGCUCCGACAUUUUUGAAGAGGUGCUCAAUUACAUGUACACAGCCCGGCUGGCCGUGAGGAAGAAGGACAUCAAUAUGAUGAUGUCGUCGGGUCAGAUUCUGGGCAUCAACUUCCUGGAUAACCUGUGCACCCAGAAGCGAGAACUGACCAACAUGAAGACCCGAGAGAACCAGGCUCCAGACGACCAUGGGCUGAGAGCGCAGGACGCUAUCCUGAAGGAGUUGGCCAUGGAGGAGGUGAGGAAGAACAGCUUCUAUGACCAGGGGAUGGAUGGGAUAGGGCCCGGCGGUUCCCACGUGUCUCAGCCACACAACUACAACACCAACCUGGGUAAAGACCCCCACAGCCACAGCUGGACCUCCUCCACCUCUAGCGACAUGAAGCUGGAGUACCUCCUUUACGGCCACCGCGACCACGGCUCCUGUCAGACCACGGGCACGAAGCCCUUGGACCACAACACCAAGAAGGAGCGACUCCUCACGGCUAACCGCCCGUACGGCUGCGAGCACUGCCCCAAAGCCUUCACCACCGCCGCUCACCUCAAGGAGCACCUAAAGAUCCACUCCGGCUUCAAACCGCACCGCUGCGUCGUCUGCGGCAAGGCCUUCAUCAGAGGUCCCGACCUGAAGCGGCACGAGCGGGUCCACAGCAACGAGAGGCCCUUCGCCUGCCAAAUGUGCGAAAAGGCCUUCAAGCACAAAUCCCACCUGAAAGACCACGAACGACAGCACCGGGGUGAGCGGCCCUUCAACUGCGGCUCCUGCGACAAAGCCUUCAUCAAAGCAUCGGACCUGAAGCGCCACUGGAACACCAUGCACAGCGGCAACCCCCGAAGACAGAUGUCCCUGUCGCCCGCCGCCUCCCAGCAUGGCCAGGCGGAAACCGCCGACCAGAGAGACUGGAAGCUGGAGACCGGGCCACACUCGCACAACUCGGGGGACUGCUGAGCCUGCAAAACACACACACACUGACAGGAGGGUGUAAAGGGCCACGUGGCCCCGGAAAAUCACGCAGGCGGCGAUCAGAGUGACAUCAGCAUGUUCAUCCUGACUGUGGGACUUUAUAUUACUAAAAAAAAACAUGUCAAAGCGACGUUUCUUUCCACCUGUAAAGUUCUGUAAAUGUUUAGUUCGCUAUACGAUACGUAUAUUUUUCACAAAGCGUCGUCUCUAUCUAGACCUCGGGUUCCCAUAAUGUUUUCUUUUAUUCUAACAGCAUAUGUAACAUUUAAAUGUUUGUUUAACCUUUAUUGAAUUUUACGAGAUAACAGAGAGAGUCAGCCUGUGGGGAACGGGGAGGGGGGGGUCUGCAUAACAUUUGUCGCAUUGAGUAUAUUCAUGUGGAUGUUUUUAAUGGAUGUUUAGUUGUAUUGAUUGAUAUUACACUGUAAAAGUAACGAGUCACCACUUUUGCAUUUCAGCGCAGAUGAUACCAAAGUCUUGGGCGUCUGGCGGAUCGUCUCUCGGGACCGUCCUUCCCAAGCAAGCGGCCAGCAGGAUUUACUGUUAUACAGUAUAACCGUCAGCCGGCUCUCAUCAGUUAACUAUAGAUGUCUGUAUAUACUGUAGCUUAGUUUGUUGCACAACUAGAGAUCAAUAAUGAAUUAUGCACAUAUAACAUUGUCCUACUCGUACACUUUGACAAUAAACACCAUUUGCCGUG